AUGAAUGGAGCCGUAGAAGCAGCCAACAAAAAUAUCAAGAGGAUACUGAGGAAGAUGACUGAUAAUCAUAAGGGUUGGCACGAGCAGUUAACUUAUGCUUUACUGGGGUACCGUACUACGGCCAGAAAUUCAACAGGAGCAACUCCAUACUUGCUGGUCUACGGAACUGAAGCGGUCAUACCCGCCGAAGUUGAGAUAUCUUCCCUGAGAAUCAUUCAGGAAGCGGAGUUGGACGAUGUUGAAUGGGUCCGAGCUCGAUAUGAACAAAUGGCUUUAAUUGACGAGAAAAUGAUGGUUGUCGUAUGCCACGGUCAAUUGUACCAGCAAAGGAUGGCAAGAGCUUUCAACAAACAAGUCAGAACCAGACUUUUUCAGAUCGGGCAACUAGUGCUCAAAAGGAUUUUUCCACGUCAAGAUGAAUACAGAGCGAAAUUUGCUCCCAACUGGCAAGGUCCUUAUGUGGUCCACAAAGUACUCUCCGGAGGAGUAAUAGUAUUGGCAGAAAUGGACGGUCAAGAGUGGCUGAAGCCGAUCAACUCAGAUGCAAUCAAGCGCUACUAUGCAUGA